ACAUCGCUAACCUUUACAGAUUAAAUUUAAAUACAUCUUUUUUUUGUUUAAAAACGAAUGGUUCAUCUUUAACUUUUCUGUCCCCAACAUAACGGUACCGGCCUAUGCAGUGCCGACGUUCGACCAAUGUUUGUCAGAGCAGCAGACCUUGACCUAGUUUGACCAAGCACCUCUGUUUACUUGAUGAAGAACGGCCGAUAACAGAAGAAAUUUCAAUUAAUUAUGGAUGCAGAUCCUGAUUUGGACAAGAAAGAUGUACGUCGUCCAAUGAAUGCCUUUUUGAUUUUCUGUAAACGACAUAGAAGUAUUGUAAGGGAGAGAAAUCCUCACCUUGACAACCGAAGUGUGACUCGUAUCUUAGGAGAUCUGUGGGCAAAUAUUGGUGACGAGGAAAAAAACAAAUAUACUGACCUUGCAAAGCAGUAUAAAGAUGCCUUCAUGAAGGCUAAUCCUGACUACAAAUGGCAUAAUCCAGAGAGGAUGACACAGUUACAAACUAACAAAUCAUCAAAUAAACCAACCAAUGAGAGAGUACCUUCUGUUAGUACAUUUGUUCCAGAUGAUGGUCCUAUUGUACCAGGGAAACUUGCUGAUCCAUCAAACAUGGGAGGAUUAAGUAUGUUAAUGGAAGGUAUCCAAGUGAAAAGUAAUCAAUUUAUUGCAGCCAAGAAUGUUGAGCAAAAUACUAAACCAGUUAUCCUCCCCUUGUUGACAGGCAUAUCUCCCUUUCAAUCAUGGAAUUCUCAACAGGAUUUUGCUCUUGAAGAGGAGAGGAAGUUGGUGAUUGAUGAAGUUAAUAUAAAACCAGAAGAAAAAGAUACCACACCUAACCCAGUGCAAGUAAAACAAGAAGCAUGUUCAUCAGAGCAUCUAACUAACCCAGAUCAGCAAGAAGAGAACCCAGAUGAUCCAGAUGAUGAUGCCAUAUAUUCUUGCGGAAAAAUUGUCAUGGAUCAUAUAAUCGAUAAACUUUAUUUGUCUACCAUCAAAAAUAUUGGACAAAACAAAAAAUCUGCUGCUAAAAAAUCUCCUAAAAAAGGAGAAAAUGAAACCAUUGAUUCAUCUAAUAAACCAUUCUUGUUACCUCCCUUACAAGGAAGGAAAUCCUAUCACACUAGUAUUGCUGUUAAAAACCUUCUUGAAUUUACUCGUAAGGCUGCAGCUCGUGAUGCAGCUAACAUAGAGGGACAGUCAGUAACACCAAUGCAAGAACCAAUUACAAAUACAGUGUCUGAAGCUAAACAGAAAUUGAAAGACUUCUGUUUGAAGAAAGAAGGCAGACCAAAAGUUGUAAGUGGAAACGAAAAUUGUGGAGAUAGUUUUGAUGUUAAGGAGUUUAAGAGAAAAAGAUGCUAUUCUGAAAGCUGUGCAGAAUUGUACAAACAUCAAGAGAAAAGAAUUAAAAUGGAAACUGAUCAUUUUAAUGAAAAUGGUGAUGAUACAAAAUCAACCAGUCCAACCAAUGGGGAUGACUAUCAACCCACCAGAAAGUCUCGUCGGAGGAAUAGAGGACAGAGAUACCAAGAGCUGAUAAAUGAAGGGAUUAUACAGCCAUCAAAAGCCAGGAUUGCAGCCAUGAAAACUGAAGCUAACGUCAGGAGCAUAAGCUUUAAAGAAUCUUUCCUGAACAAGCGAGCAGAAGACAUAGGAGAUGAAGUGUUGUCAGUUUACCCCAGACAAAUACGCAAAAGAACCAUGUCAGAAUCAGAGAAAAAUCGUACAUUUUAUGAUGAGUCUAGUAGAUACAGAACAGGUGAUUUUGACUUGGAAGCCCAUAUUAAGACUUUGCCUGCAUGUUCAUUAGAGAAAGUGGUGAAACCAAAGAGAAAUGUUGGGAAAUGUUUGUCUGAGAGUGAUUCUGGUAACCAAGCGAUGGAUGUAUCAUCAUCACCAGAAAAUUUUCUAGAGGUAAAACUGAUAGUUCCGCCACACAUUAAAGCCAAGCCAACCGAUGAUGGUGUUCCAGUUGUUGGGAGUAGGAAAAGAAAAGCUAGAAAACACUCCAUUACACAUCUACAGCCUGUCAAAGAUGCUCCAAAAAUUGAUAAAACAACAACAUUAAUAUCAGGAUUGAUCAAACAGACAAUCGAACCGCUAAUAGAAACUCGUGAAUAUAGUGAUGUGAAGGGAGAUAAUUCUUCAGAAGGAAAUGAAUUAUGUUUUUCAAAGGGAAACAAUUCUUCAGAAGGAAAUGAAUUAAGUAUUUCAAAGGGAGAUAACUCAGUUGAGACUGUGAAUGAAAUGAUAAGUUUAAAUGCAGGUGUAGAUUCUAGGACAAGUUGUCCAAUCUUAGACAAGGGAACAAAUGAGAUUUUAGAUAAACAGUGUUGUAACAUUACAGAGAAAAGUACAGCAGUAAAUAUUUCUAAUGGUUCUAACAUUUUGAUAGAUUCGACAGAAGGUGUUUGUAAUACAAAAUUGACAAAAUUAAAAGACAUAACCACGAAAGACAACACAUCUCCUGAAGAGAUUAUAACUGACAGAUCCAUACUUUCAAUUGACUUACCAUCAUUCAUCAAAACUCCAUUCUCAGACCAGGAUGAAAAUUCAAAUGAAACCGAUUAUUGUAACUAUAGCAACAACAGAUCUUCCAGUAGUUUAGAAGAAAAAUAUGUGAUAACAAAAAAUAGGACUUCUGAUAAUACAUUAUGUGGUAAUGAAGACAAUGUUACCAUGGUUACAGCUGUUUCUGUUGCUCUUCCUGUGACAACAGAAGACAGUUCCCAUGGUGAUGAUAGAAUAGAAACACAAAAUGUGCAAGUUUCUAUGUCGGCAUGUGAUAAUCAAACUUCAUCAGUUGCCAUGACAACAAUACAGCCUUCACUUCCAUGUUUAUGUUGAUAAAAAUGCUCAUUUUUAUUGUGUUCUUUGUAUAUCCUAUGCAAACUGCAAGUUUUGCCUUCAUUGUUAUAAGUAAAUAUUAUUGUUGUUGUUUAUCUAUUGGUGCAUAUAGCUUGAUAUUUUAUAUAUUUAGGAGUUACCACAUGAACUGGUUGUACCAUAGACAUAAAACUGAAUAGCAGUUUGUACUAAAUAUGAAAUGUUUUCUGUGUUAUGUAUUUAAAGUAGUAAAUUUAUAAAGCUACUCAUUAAAUGAGAUUUUCACGUCCAUCACACAUCCUAUAGAUUUAAAGUUGUCAACUCCAAUAAAUUUCUGUUCCAACUUGCAUACAUUCACAAGUCAAUGUUUGUUUUAAAUGUGAUCUUGCAGAGCUGAGAUUGUUUAAACAAUAUUGAGCACAGGUGCACAGAAAAUUCCUCAGAUUAUGCAAAAAAAGUUAAAGCUACAAAUCUUGUCUUCAACAGUCAAACCAGUUCCAGUAUAAUUCAUCUAACUUUACCAAAAAAUUGCAAACUGUUAAAUACUUAUAAUAAAUGUGCAAUUAACACUAUUUUGGUGUAAUUGGGUCAAUUUAUAUGUGCAAUUAAUUCAGAUAGGCAGUUACAGUUUCCUUUAUUUUGACCAUAUCAUAAACUUCAACAUCUCAUUUUAAUGCUGUGACUCAGACUGUGGUUGAAUUUUAAAGAUACCAUACUAAAUAAAAAAAUUCUCUACAAAGCAAAUCAUGAAGAGUCCAUUUUGAAUAAUGAUAAUUAUUGUUGAAAAAUCUCUAUUUUCACAAGAGCAAAUUCUCUUAUAACUCGAAUAAUUCAAGCCCUUUCCGUGUCCGAUUUUCUCCCACACGAGGGCUUGAACUCCUUAUGAUCAUUGGCCGCGUCGCCUGCUCUCUGUGAGAGAGAGCCAAUCGGUGGCGAUUAGGAUAAUGAGUCUGCGCAACUGUCUUGUAAUUGUCUUACCAAACACGUGUGUUCAAUUAACACAAAUCCGAUAAUAAUUAAUUAACAUCAAUUAACAUCAGUUUACAUCAUUUAACAUCAAUUAACAUCCUGAACUCCUCCUUCUUUAGCUGCCAACUUAAAUCAAAAUUCCCAUAUUGCAUAGCGGUGUGAAUUUUCCGGUUGACAGUCUUUAUCGAGGAAGACGUUCAGGCGUUAAUGUAGCUUUCGUAGAUCAGCGGAAUAUAACGACUGAAUUAUUCGGGUUAAUUCUCUUAGAAUCCAGUUUUUAGCAAACAUUUAUUAAAUUCAUAGCUAACUGCUUUUUACAUCUUAAUUUUAUUAAUCUCUGCACUUCAAAACAGCACAAAAGGUCAUUAAAGUAGCACAAUGUCAAUAUCACUUCACAGAGAUUCUCUGCUUGAUAUAAAUGUGACUUUGUCUUUGAGGGCUUAUUAUAAGUCCUGUAAGUAAGAACACAUUUGUAAAUAACAUUACCAUAAUUAUGUGAUAAGUACAUAUUUUAGUACAAAAGUGAUGGGUUCUACAGGAUACUCCAGUUUGUAUGUUGUGCCAUAUUGGUGCUUAUUUUAUUUUUACUUUCUUUUAUACGGCCAUAAUCAGUUGGGAGUUAAAUUUUGAUGUAGAGUUGGAGUUAUAUUAUUGGGAAAAUCAUCUAUAUUUAUCUGAUUUUAUAAAUUAUAGAUCAGGGGAGGUUAUUCUAAAGCAUUCAAGCAAAACCUAAAUUUGUGUCAUAAAUUUUUGUUUUAUCACAGUUUUACAUUAUGUGUGUAUAAUUGUAUAUGUAUAGCAAUUAAAUGUAUUUAUCUUGCAUUGAAACAAAAUGACAGUAUGAAGUUUGUGCUUACAUAUAUUCACUGUUGAACAGCAUUCCAAAAACAACAGUACACAGUGCCAAGCAAUUAUGUUGGACUUUGACCAUUUAUGUUUACAUUUAUUUUAUUUUACAAAUUAAAUAGGUAAAAUAAUGUAACUUUAUAAGUCAUAUGGCUGCUACUGACCCUCUUCAGAUUCAUAGAGGGUUAAUAAAUCCUUAGGGGGUGAGGCCUAAUAGGGAUGAGGCUAAAGGCUGAAUCUCCUUUGUAUUUUACUCAUCCUCUAUGUCUGUAAUGGGUUCAGUAGUGAACUAUAUAAUUAAUUUAUCACAGUCCAAUUGUUGAUAAAACUCGAAAUAGCUGUAGCAGAAUUUCGGCAAACAAACUAAGAUGGCAGUCCUUUUAUAGUGUGUUCAAAUCUAAUCUUGACCUUGGGUAUUUAUGACCUUGACAUUUUGUACAGAUACUAAUUUAACGUUUGUUUAAAGACUAUUUUAACCUGUAGACAUUUUGUUAUGGUUAUCCCAUGUUGUUGGGUUACCUGUUUUACAUGUACUCCAUAUGAUAUAUGUUAUUAUUGAUAAGUGUUCAGCAUUUAUUGAAUUUUUUGCAUAAUUGUUAUAAAGUCAUUCUGUAUAAAAGUAUAAAAAGGUCAUCAGUUGGACCAGAAAAAACUGACCUUGAAAAGAGGUGACCUUUAAAUUGGGGUUCAUAUUGUAAAGGUAUUUUAGCAGAACAAAAUAAGGGUUAUCGAGACGACAGUUUAUUGCUUGAUAGAGCUGACCUCUUAUAACAAGUCAAAAUAAAGUUGAUUUUGAUCUUUUAAUUCAUGCUGUAGAACCUAAAUUUCCAACAACCAAAGGAACCAUCAGCAACUAUUGUACCAAUAGAUAUGUUACUGUCAGUAAGGAUUAUUACCAUAGCAAUUGAAAGAAAACAGUUGAAAUUUGUCAUGACCUAGUUAUAAAUGUCCACUAAAAUCAACUUCAAUAUUAGACUAUUCAUUAUCAGUUCAAUUAUAUCUAGAUUGUUAAUAGAAAAUUCAACCAGAAGACCACCGACAAAAAAAAAAGAUUAAAAUUAUGCCAAGUUUUUCAAGGCAUUUUAGGAAAGUCUAAAACUAAUACAAAAAUAAUAAUAAAAAAUACUAUACUGCUUAGCAUGAGAACUGGGUUGUGUUUAAUAUUGUAGCUGCUACAUAAGGCUACGUAGAUUCACGACUAUAGAAUGAGUAGCUAGCGUAGCUGCUACAUAGAUAUUGAUAGCAGCUAGGCUAGCUACUCGUUCAGUAGACACAAAACUUCGUAGCACUAUGUAGCUGCUACAAUAUUGAACUCCACCUAGAUUCUGAAAAGACGUAGAAUUAAAUGCUCUAAACCCUAAAAAAAGCAUAUAUUUCUGAAUUGGAAAAAAAUAAAUCCUGACCAUUUGUGAUUUAAGUUUACACUUUUGAUUUGGUUUAGUUUAUAGAAUCUUAUAUUUGCUUACCACAGGUUACGAUCCAGAACCUUGUCUAGCAUAGAUGCUGGAAUCUAAACUCUUAUAAAGUAAAAUUUUGGUCAGAUAUACACUAUUGAAUAAGAUGAGUGAUUUCAGUUCUUAAUCCUGUUCAUAUUGAACUUUAAUGGACUCAAUGCAUAGGUAAUUUUAAUAUAAUACACAUUUUUAUUUAUAAGUUUGAUGAAGAAAACUGUUAUUUAAUGUUAUGGAGUAGAGUUGUGAUUUGUUGAUGAAUUGUACAUGAAAGAUUUAAAAUCUAUAAACAAUAAAUUAGAUUCAGUCUGAAA